UGCAUAUUGCAAUCUUCUGCAAUCUUCACCUCUACCUAUCCUCUCUAUGCAACAAAUCUCCUAGGGUUGAUCUGGUCAUAGAAUUUGUACCCUAAUUACCCCUCUCAUUGAGGUUGAAUAUCUGAAAUUAGUUGAUGAUGGUUGCUAUAAAAAUUGGUUUGAGCUUCAUUCACGGGCACGUUUGGAUCAAUCUAAUUCCCUUUGCUUACAACACCAUGACCAAAGAAUCUCUGCUCAACCUUCUCUCCAACGCAUCCAAAAUUUCUCCAGAUUGCAUAGAUGCAUAGCCUUAGAUUUUUCUCUCUCUACCAAAUCAUCUUCCCGAUUCAAGCUUCAGAGAGGGAACCAGGAAGAUGAUUAACCAAAACCGCUUCCUGAUUUUAUUCCGGAUCAUCGUAGGCCCUCAUGCUUUUGAUUAACCUAGCGGCGGUGACGAGAAGAGGAACGAAGUUGAGUGGUUAAAGCACCUCAGCCGUUUUUCUUCAAUGUUCUGUGGCUAAUUCUCUGCCUCUUUCACAGAUUACAAUUAGUUCUCACAAUGUUUCAUUCUAAUUAAGAUUGUGCACACAACAUGUUCGAUAGUUUGCUUCAAUUAAAUUCAAUUUGUCAACUGUGUUUUUUUUUUUCCUUUCAGGGAUCAGAUCAUGUUUUCAUUCACCACUCUUCACUCCAAAUGAGCAGCUCAAGGGAAAACUCGCCAGAUUGGUUGUGUUCUUUUCUGAAACAUAAGGGGGGAUGGCUAGAGUGUGCUGGUUUGGAAAGCUUACUGCUUCCUAUCAUGUGCUUCUCUUUGCUGGUGAGUGGUGAUGGUGUCAAAGUAGAUGAGGAGAUGUCAAAGUUACUUCCUUCUCAGAAAAAUAAAAUGAGACAAAAACAAAGAAAGGCAGAAGCAAGAGCUAAGAAAGGGGCAGAGGAAAAGAAUGAAGAGUUAAGUGCCAGUGAGGUAUCCAAGUCUAGAAAACGGCAUGUAAAACUUGUGAAUCCUGAUCCACAUGGGGAGAAGUUAUUGCAGGUUGAUGCUCCACUGUCGGAAGCUACUAAAUACUUGAAGUUGCUGCAGAAGAAUUCACCUGAUUCAUUAGAGACACUCUUGCUCUUUUUUGAAUUAUAUACAAGGAAGCAGAAAGUUUUGCUUACCUUUCCGGGCCAGCGGAUUAAGGCAACAAUCAGGAAAUCAUCAAUCUACUGCAAUAAUUUUCAUAUAUGGAUGGUGGAAAGAAUGAAAAAAAAAAAAAAAGCAUUUUUGAGUGGAAUUUGGCACCAAGCGAAAGUUGUUUAUGUGUUGAUUGAUGUAAGGUACGAUCAGUGGAACUGGGUUUGUGAUUGAAGACCCUUUGUGAUCCACUCAAUAGGUUAUAAAGAUAGGUUAGAACUAAUGUAUGUGUCCUUCAAUAGUAGACAUGUAUUGUCUAUGCUUUAAGUAACACCUGAAGUCCUGAAUCAAAACCCCACCACUUUUAUAUCACAUUAGGCAUCUACUGUAUGGUCUUAAUUAAAUUUACCCUGUUUGAGUGUG